UGUGAUCUGUAUUAACUACUUAACACAUUUCAUUUACACAACAGCCGACAUUACUUACACAAGAUUAUUUUAUUUUUUAAUAAGCAGUGUAAACGGCGUUGAAGAUUUAUUCGACUGUGUUUUACAGUCGUUUUGUUCCCAGGAUCCAGUCUUCAAAGUCGAUGUUUAUCAUUUACACGUUCUGUAGUCAAUACGUGAAACUAGUUUCAUGUCACUAACGAAAUCCGACGAAGAUUUUUUCCGCGCUAUCCGCGAAGAGAUCAAAAUGGAAACGGCAAAAAUGUUAGAAGAAACGGAACCAUCUACGGAGCCUCUUCCAGAUAGCAGUGUACCAUCAAAUGUGUCCGCGACGGACCCUAGCGAGAUUGAUGGUGGAUUCGAAUUUGUUUCGCUGACUCCAGCCAAAAAAACAGACGUGAAAUCCAGCGAUAAAGCUAACAAAAAACCUACCUUAUCACUAAAGGUGAUAGAGAAAACUACAAAGCCGUCUACUAAAAACCUUACUGCAUUGCAAAAUGAGGUCGCUAAAAAGCUUGUAAAGGUAAAGGGUUUAAUAAAAAUCAAGAAAGAAGAAUGUCUCAAAUUGGAUAGUUUGAAGGGUCAAAACCCAGCAAAAGUUGUUCCAGAGAGUAGUGAACCGAUGGACGACUCAAACGACGAGAGUGAGGUUUCGAAUCAGAAGAGUCAGUCAACAGAAAGUAACAUUCAGAAGAAACCUGCAGUUAAUCCAGCUAUUCAGAAAAAAUAUGAUUGUGCAGUAGACACAGUGCAAAUUAAAAUGCACGAAGUUAAAUUAAAACUUAGACAACUAAAAUUGAACUCAACGGAAUCAAGUAGCAAAAUUGCACCAGGAAAACGAAGUGAGAGUACAUCGACUGCAUCAAGCGUUUCGUGUAGCACAAAAACCAAAAAUCAAAAAGCUGUUGCUAAAGUUGCUGUAUCGAAAAAUGAUGAAAAAUCGCAGACAUCUGCGUACAACAAGCUAUCGCCCGAAGAUAAGCUUCUGUUAACGCUGCUGUCGCUCAAUUCCAAACAACGUGGUGAUUACAUUCAUAAGAUUGGAAAGGAUCGAUCGUUUUUGGUUACCGACAAAGAGCAGAGAGGAAGCGUGGAAAUCAAUCCUAUGUGGGCACCAUUGACAAGUGAGUUGAAAUCGCAUGCCCUAGCCUACCUGCAUGGAUCAAAGGCCGAACAAAAGGCGGAAGAUGGUAUUACUAGGCCAUGUUUGGUCAAUCCGAACUUGGACAAAAUUCAGGAUGUGAAAAAGGUACGUCAGUUACGCAGUUUCGAAGAUGAAGUUUCCUAUUUGUUGAAUAACGGAAAAACAACCGAAAAGAAAGACUUCAAACAGGAACUGACUCUGGAGAACGUAUCCCAGGCGGAGCAUAACGGUUUUCUGACAGAGCAGAACAAAGCAGCGUUAGUUCAACUGGUGGAGCGACUGGUUGCGGACGGUGUAGGGUACGUCGUCGAAGGCGUUCUGCGAGUUAACGGGAACAACAAUGCUCAGGCGUUCGUGGAUGACUACACCCGAGAGGCUGAUGUGUUUGUCAAUUCCGUGCUGCUUCGAAAGUGUGCGAUGGAAGGUGAUUUCGUGAAGGUGUUUGUGAAACACCCGGACGCGAAAAACACGCCCGAUGUUGGCGGAGAAGCUGAUGCUACCGAUUCUGCUAGUCAGACCAACAGUAUUGACGAGAAAAGCGAUGGCGAUGGCCAGCUAAAGUUGGUUGCACUUCAGGAGAAGGUUAAGAACAAUGCAGGAUUUGUGAUCGAGAUUUUGGAGAAGCGGCAUAGCCGCUCGUGUGUCGGUACAUUUUCACCGUAUCAGAAAGCUAACAAUCAGUAUCUGAAGUUUUUACCGAGGGACCUGAGAAUACCGGCGAUGAGAGUAUACAAACAGCAUUGGCCGGAGGCAAUAUUUAAGAACCAAUUCAAGGAAGUUGAAUCGGUUAUUUACCAGGCGGAUAUUGUUGAUUGGAUCGAUGAUAUUCCAAUCGGGACAAUCGCGAAAUCGAUAGGAAAAUGUGGUGAGCUAGAAUUCGAGAAUCAAGCAAUAUUGAUCGAGUAUGAUUUGGACGUUUCGCCGUAUUCGGAUGCUAUCAUUAACAAUUUGCCGCCGUUGCCAUUUAAAAUACCCGAUUCAGAAAUUGAGACCAGAGAGAAUAUGCGCGAUGAGUGUGUGUUUACGAUCGAUCCGCUCACUGCUAGAGAUCUGGACGACGCACUCAGUUGUAAAAUGCUAAAGAAUGGGAACUACAUGGUUGGAGUGCAUAUAUCUGAUGUGUCCUAUUUUCUACAGGAAGGCUCAGAACUAGACGAGUUAGUCAAACAGAGAGCCACUUCAAUCUACAUGGUUGAUAACGUUUAUCAUAUGCUGCCAAAACCUUUGUGUUUUCUUUGCUCUUUACUGCCGGGAGAAGAUAAAAUGGCAUUUUCUGUUUUCUGGGAAAUUACGCCCGAUGCUAGAGUGGUCAGCACGCGAUUCGCCCGAACGGUUAUUAAUUCCUGUUGUCAGCUUGCCUACGAACACGCGCAGAUUAUGCUGGACAAACCGAACGAGAAUCUUAACUCCGACGAUUUUCCGACAAUGCAUCACGGUUACACGGCAAAUUAUUUGAGUCGAAUCGUGAAUUCCCUGCAAUCGAUUGCCGUCCAACUCAGAGCUCGUCGAAUGGAAAACGGCUGCCUCAAGAUCAACCAACCGAAACUGUGCUUCACCCUGGAUCCCAAUAGUGGUAAACCGACUGCAUAUGAUGUUUACGAAUUACGAACAGCGAACCAAAUGAUUGAAGAUUUCAUGCUUCUCGCCAACGCCUCAGUGGCUGAAUUUUGCCAUUCAAAGUUUGGUGAUCGUGCGAUUCUACGGAAUCAUUUUCCGCCUUCGGAAAUUCAGAUGAAAAACCUAGCUAAAAUGUUGGCGAAGCAUGGUCAUGCUCUUCGAGUCGAUUCAUCGAAAUCGAUUGCGGAAUCGCUAGAAGCCAUCAUAAGCAAUUGCCCUCAACAGGAUGCAGCUCGUGCUGCGUUGAAUGUGAUGAUUGCCAAGCCAAUGACCCGCGCACGGUACUUUUGUUCGGCUUUUGCAUCAACUGAAGAAGAAUUUUAUCACUACGCACUGGCGAUUCCCAUGUACACACAUUUCACUAGCCCUAUUCGUCGUUAUGCCGACUGUAUGGUGCAUCGUGUUCUAGCUGCAGCAUUGGAGUUGACUGAACCAACCAACCGAACAACGGAAGAGUUGAACAAACUUACCGGUAUCUGUAACAUAAAGAAAUACAAUGCGAAAAUGGCAGGCGACACCAGUUCCAUGCUGUACUUUAAGCACUACCUGAAAAAAGUCGGUUGUAUCAAUACUGAAGCUGCUGUUCUAGACAUCGGUCAGCAUCAUCUUGAGUUAGUGCUGAUAGAAACAGGACAUGUGGUUAAAAUUAAUCACAAGCGAUUGGCCAAGUGUGUUGAUUUCAAGGUGACCGAAGAAUCCAGCCAAAUUCGUCACUGUGUUCUUAUUCCGAAGGAUACAAAUCUUCCAUCGGCAGCCGUUUCUCUAUUCUCCAAGGUAUACGUUACGGUGCAACUGGAGAAGGAUGCCAUCACCAUAACUGCCAUCAGUCUGCUACCGUUGUCGAAUCGCGUUAGUAAAGUACGUAAACACCGUACAAAAAAGAAAAGCGAAGACGUUGGGGAUGCACGGGACAGUCCAGUGGAAAAUAGCGAGCACUGACCCGUUAAUAUUUUGUAUUUUUUUUUUUUGACGGCAGACGAUUGUAACAUCACAAGGUUGUGAUGUUUGAGAAGUGUUAUCCAAUGAUUAAAUUAUGACAUUUUUCUGAAGUUUUAUUUUUUUUGUUGGAAAUAUUCAUAUGAUGAAACGAAAUAUAAAUAUGAACUAUAUUA